GAUGCCGCAGGAGAGACGCUGUUAGAAACAGUUAGCUCACACUCGUUUACGAAUUACACCAAAUAUGCACUAUAAAAGUAACUAACAGCUAAUUGUUGAAUGUCUUUUUAAAUAAGAGUGGUAUAACGUGUGGACAAUAUUAGAUGUUGUACGGGCCUGAACGUUACCUCAGCGCUCGUUGGUUGUUGCUGUCUAACAAGAUCACAUGAUCCGAGGCUGCCCAUUAGCUUGUUAGCAGCUAGCCGCGUUAGCACCCAGCCUAGCCUUUGGGGUUCACCAGGAAACGUUUCUCGUUGACUCAGCAGCUGUCCGGUCCACAUAAUAAGCUGGUUGAACGUUAUCUACAUGGCCGCUCACAUCAACAUUAAACAAAUUAGCAUGUGACCAAGGACAGGGUCUACAACACAUGAUCUGGAGAAGCGGAGGAGGCCAAACACAGGGGUAAAUUAUUUGAAAGUGAAUAGCCAUGACAACAAAGACAUCCCUGCUGAAAGUCAUUCUGCUGGGUGAUGGGGGCGUAGGGAAAAGUUCGAUCAUGAAUCGUUAUGUUACCAACAAGUUUGAUGCACACCUUUUCCACACCAUUGGCGUGGAGUUCCUCAACAAGGAACUGGAGGUAGACGGCCACCAGGUUACCCUACAGAUCUGGGACACUGCUGGCCAAGAGCGCUUCCGCAGCCUGAGGACUCCUUUCUAUCGUGGCUCUGACUGUUGCCUGCUCACCUUCAGUGUAGACGACAACCAGAGUUUUCUCAACUUAGGCAACUGGAAGAAGGAGUUCAUCUACUAUGCAGAUGUCAAGGAGCCAGAGAAGUUCCCAUUUGUAGUCUUGGGCAACAAAGUGGACGUGACAGAAAGGCAGGUGUCUUCUGAGGAGGCUCGGCAAUGGUGUCAAGAAAACGGCAACUUCCCCUACUACGAGACCAGUGCCAAGGAUGCCACCAAUGUAGCGGUGGCCUUUGAGGAGGCAGUGCGUAGAGUUUUGGCAUUGGAUGAAAGAACGGACCACCUCAUCCCCACAGACACAGUCAAUCUCCACAGAAAGCCUCGCUCUGCUGCCACUUGCUGUUCAUAACAUCCAGGAGUUAUCACUAACAUUUGCUGUUAUGCCUUUUAUGUGAUGAGGCUGUAGGUUUACAAUGCAUUAGUAACAUCAUAUUUAAACAAAUUAUGCUACUGGCUUUCUGAUUUGUUAUACUAUUGAAGUUUUGACAAUGCUAAUAGUUGGAUUUCUUGAAUAAUAAGUGAGGAAACACUAAAUUCAUCCCAAUCUAAUUACAAAUAAACAUUAAAUCACUGAAUCACUCAUUCAGCUCUGCCACGAUUCAAAGGUCAGGUUUUGGAGGCAGAAAAAUAAACUAAUAUUUUGUGUUUGCUUAAAACUACCUGUGGGGAACUAAAAAGCUGUCGUGAAAGAACAGAGGCAAGAUCUUUGAAAAGUUUCACUUCCCUUUCAAAUGGUUAAAUGUUCCAUUCUGUCACAAAGGCAAAUCAUAAUGUCAAUCUUAAGACGUGUUCUACCUUGGUAGUGCAAUCAUCAUAGGAUUUCAUAACUGCAUUAUUCAAUGUAAUAAUACAGAGUUAUGACCUAUAUAUUUACAUUCAGAUGAUAAUUUAUACAGCCUAAUAACCUUAUUUCAGAGAAUUAUGAAGUAGCUAAGGCACUACUAUGUGUAACUAACAAAUUGAGGCUUAUUGUGAUUAUUGCACCUUUAGGUCUGUUUGUGCACAUUCUGCUUAGUAAUAGAUUAGAGCUGUGUGCUGGAAGCACUGAACAACCGAAGAUAAAUAUAAAUAUUAAAGCAAACUUAACAUGCAUGGCAUAAAGUGUAUUUUAAGUUUCUGGAAACUUUUGUAUUCUGUUAACUGUUUUUACCUUAAAACUUGCUGAAUCAAUAUUGCCUUGAGGAAAUUGUAAUGAAAUAGCAGUCAUGAUUAAGAAAACUGUUCAUUGUGGGUUUGUUUUCAAAUGUUUUGAUCUUUAAAGCACUAUUGAACAUUUUUCUUUUUUACUUACAUCCAGCGACUUUCCCCACAGCUUAAUAUUUACUACUGGUAUGCCAAUCCAUCAAUAAACCCCCUGAGAAUUGUCUCUUGAAGCAUGUUUUGUAGCCUUAACACUGAUAAGUCUGUUUAUUAUAGGUUUGAAUUGUGCUCCGUAACCACUGCAAUGAUAUAAUGCCUAAACCGGUAGAUAACACAAAGUACCUAGCUAUGUCAAGGCACAAGAUUGUGUCUAUUAAUAAUAAAAUAAAAACAUUCUCAAUCAUU